CGAACGAGGGUCGUCCAGUCCCUGGCCGGCUCUCGGUUCUUGAGCAAGCUCCUCCACUGCAGGUAGGAUGCUCAUAGAUGAAGAAAAGAGACUUUAGGCAAGUGGUUCUGGUAGCUCAGCUGGUUAGAGCAAAACAAGCAACGGAUUGAGCAACUAGCGCGAAAGCCGUUGCGCGUUAGCGCAUCCGUUUUCUUGCUGGACUGCAAAUCCUUUUUUUCUUGUUUCAGUGGGAAGAGCAAGGGGCAUUGCCCUUGAAAUCCUUCAGUGGUUCGAAUCCACAUCUGAGCGUCUUUUUUUCGGUAUGCCGCUCCGCGAGCAAGGAGCGCCGCGAGGAGAGCGAGAGAACGAAGUGGGCUUUGGUGAUGUCGGAAUUUGCACCUAUUUGUAUCUAUUUAGUGAUCAGUCCGCUAGUUUCUUUGAUUCCACUCGGUGUUCCUUUUCCAUUUGCUUCCAAUAGUUCGACCUAUCCAGAAAAAUUGUCGGCCUACGAAUGUGGUUCCGAUCCCUCCGGUGAUGCCAGAAGUCGUUUCGAUAUACGAUUUUAUCCGGUUCCUAUUUUAUUUAUUAUCCCUGAUCUGGAAGUCACCUUUUCUUUUCUUUGGGCAGUACCUCCUAACAAGAUUGAUCUGUUUGGAUCUUGGUCCAUGAUGGCCUUUUUAUUGAUUUUGAUGACUGGAUCUCUCUAUGAAUGGAAAAGGGGUGCUUCGGAUAGGGAGUAACCACUUUUGAAAGGGCAAAGGGGGGAAGGACAUAGGAAAGAGGGAUGCCUACAAAAAAUCAAUUGAUUCGUCAUGGUAGAGAAGAAAAACGGCGCACGGACCGUACUCGAGCUUCGGAUCAAUGUCCCUAGAAGCAAGGAGUAUGCAUGCGUGUUUCGACGAGAACACCGAAAAAACCUAAUUCAGAUCUACGUAAGAUAGCAAAAGUACGGUUGAGCAAUUGACAUGAUAUAUUUGCUCACAUUCCAGGUGAAGGUCAUAAUUCGCAGGAACAUUCUAUAGUCUUAGUCAGAGGAGGUAGAGUGAAAGAUUCGCCAGGUGUGAAAUCCCAUCGUAUUCGAGGAGUCAAGGAUUUGCUGGGAAUUCCGGAUCGUAGAAAGGGAAGAUCUAAAUAUGGUGCAGAAAGACCUAAAUCGAAAUGAAUGGAAGAUGCCUCUGGAA